CAAUCCUACGUGUCAUCUCUUCAUGUUUACACUUUCAUGUCUAUCCAAUUAUCCAUAAAUAUAAAAUAUUUUUCAUGCUGGAAUUAAUUGGGUUUUUGCUAUUUUGAUUUAUUCCAGCAUGAAAAAUAGCAAAAGAAAGGUGGAGAAAAAUAGAAUUGAAAAAAUAAAAUAAUAUUUCCUUCAAAAAAAAGAAAGAAAUAAAAAUAAAAAAUAAAAACAAAUUAACGCCCAAAAAAGGGCUAAUCUCUCUCACUCCCAGCCACCACAAUUCUUGUUUUUGCUUGUUUGAUUUUGUCUGAAAAUUUCUGGGAAAUCCCAAAUUCUUAUCAUCAUAAGAUAUUCUCUCUCAUAUCUUCAACUUUAUCUAGUGUACCCAUUUUGUUGAUUUGUCAACAGAAGUUGGUUUUUGCAGUUCUAGAGCAUUAUUUAUCGGUAAAAAUGGAAGUUUUUUGUUUAUGGAUCCCAGUAGUCUGUUACAUUGAGAUUGAAUUGCAUUAAUUUCUUCGACCAUUGCUGGAAUUAAUUGGGUUUUUGCUAUUUUGUUUGAUUUUUGCUGGGAAGAUCUCAUUUCUUGUAUUUGGAUGUUGAUGUUGAAAAGUAUUUACUGAUUGAAGUUCAUUAAUUUAUUGAUUUGUGAAGGGUUUGUAACUUGUGAUUGUUGAAUUUGUAAUUUCUGAAUUCUGGAUUAAUAGAGGGGAUUAAAGAUUUAGGGUUUUAGGGAUGGUGUCUGGGAACGACCCUGUUGAAUCAUUACUUAAUUCAAUUCAAGUUGUUAAGGAUGCUUUUUCGCCGCUAGAAGCGGGUUUUAGAAAGGCAACUAAGGAGUUUGAGUUAACUUGGUUGGGCAAGAAUGGCAAUCGAAAUGCUGAACUUUUAGGGCAGUUGAAUGGUUCUAGCAAUGCUGGUGUUAGUAGUAAGAACAGUAAACUUCAUUCAUCUGUGUCAAAGAAGAAAAGUACCCCUUCCCAUUGUAGUUCUAAUGAGGAUAAGAGAAAAGGACCAUCGAUAAAGCUACCGAUAAAGAGUAUAUUGGGCAUGUUUUCGCCAAAUUGUGCCAAUGCUGAUCCUAAAGUCAAUGUGUUAAAGGAAAAGCCAAAAGAAAGGGAGUGGGGAAAAAAGGACGGAUCGUGCUUGAACUGUUUGCAGUUUGCUAUGACAUGGUCGACGUCUCUCAAUGGUUUUGCACAGGCAUUUCCCACGCCUUUUAAAUUAGGAAAGAAACGGUGCUCAAAGACAAGUGAUGAGGGAAAGGGUUCGUGUGUCCGUUCGUCAAAAUCAUCAGAUUUAUGUGACUUUAAGACAAAUGAACCGAAAAAGGGUAUGUUUGUUAUGAUGUUGCCAAGAGAGGAAACAAAGUGCAAUGAAGGGAAGCAUUUAAGCCUCGAGCUGGUGGUAGCUCUCAUUUUUGAUCAGAUAACACAGAGUCUGCAAAAGCUUGAUCAUGCUGCUAAACAAAAUGAGGAAAGGUUUUAUGAAUCGUCAUCACCCCCACCUCAAUUCCCCUCUCACUUGGAUCACUGGAAGACAGUGACUAGUAUCUUAGAGGGUAAGAGGGCAGAUAUGAAUGUCUUUUUAGGAAAUUUAAAGUUUGCAAGAGUAGGUGGAGCACCAUCUACCCUUGUUGGAGUUACAUCUCCAGUGAAAGAAGAUGGGGAUGAUAGUGUGUCUACUACUAAUAGUGAGGAUUCAGGAGGCUUAACAGCUCAAAAACUAGCCAGUGGGCUGCUUAAUAUCCCUCUUUCCAAUGUCGAGCGCUUGAAAUCAACACUGUCAACCAUUUCGAUUUCAGAACUUAUCGAGCUGGUGCCUCAUCUUGGACGCUCUUCUAAAGACAUUCCUGACAAGAAAAAGUUGUUUUCUGUGCAAGACUUCUUCAGGUACACUGAGGCUGAAGGAAGGAGAUUUUUUGAGGAGUUGGACAGGGAUGGGGAUGGCCAGGUAAACCUAGAAGAUCUUGAGAUAGCAAUGAGGAAAAGAAAACUACCACGCAGAUAUGCGAGAGAAUUUCUGCGACGUGCUAGAAGUCACUUAUUUGCAAAAUCUUUUGGCUGGAAGCAGUUUUCGACGUUGAUGGAACAGAGGGAAGCAACUAUUCUUCGUGCUUAUACCUCUUUAUGCCUGAGCAAGUCUGGCACACUUCAGAAAAGUGAAAUUUUAGCAUCUUUAAAUAAUGCUGGGCUUCCUGCAAAUGAGGAUAAUGCAGAUGCUAUGAUGAGAUUUUUGAAUGCAGACACAGGAGGGUCCAUAUCUUAUGGUCAUUUUCGCAAUUUUAUGAUGUUGCUACCUUCUGAUCGUUUGCAAGAUGAUCCACGGAAUGUUUGGUUUGAAGCUGCAACUGUAGUUCCUGUUGCACCACCUGUGGAAAUCCCUACUGGUAGUGUUUUACGAUCUGCUUUAGCGGGUGGCCUUGCCUCUGGGCUCUCAACAUCCUUAUUACAUCCAGUUGACACCAUAAAGACUCGUGUGCAAACAUCAUCUUUCUCUUUUCCCGAAGUUAUAUCAAGAGUUCCAGAAAUUGGAGUUCGAGGCUUAUACCGGGGUUCCAUCCCAGCAAUUCUUGGGCAGUUUACUAGCCAUGGACUAAGAACUGGAACGUUUGAAGCUACUAAGCUUGUGUUAAUAAAUGUCGCUCCAAAUCUGCCUGAACUGCAGAUCCAAUCAUUAGCAUCAUUCUGUAGCACAAUCCUCGGCACUGCAACUAGAAUACCAUGUGAGGUACUGAAGCAGCGUUUACAGGCUGGGCUUUUUAACAAUGUUGGGGAGGCCAUUGUGGGUACUUGGCAACAGGAUGGUCUCAAGGGAUUUUUUCGUGGGACAGGUGUAACCCUUUGCCGAGAGGUUCCGCUAUAUGUAGCUGGCAUGGGGCUAUAUGCAGAGUCCAAAAAGCUUGCUCAGCAUGUCCUGGGUCGGGAAUUAGAGGCAUGGGAGACGAUCACAGUCGGGGCACUAUCUGGAGGGAUUGCUGCUGUUGUCACAACACCAUUUGAUGUGCUAAAGACUAGAAUGAUGACGGCGCCUCAUGGCCUACCAGUAUCAACUUCAAUGAUUGCAUUUUCUAUUCUUCGCCAUGAAGGCCCCCUUGGAUUCUUUAAAGGAGCACUACCAAGGUUUUUCUGGGUUGCUCCCCUAGGUGCAAUGAAUUUCGCAGGUUAUGAGCUUGCAAAGAAUGCCAUGAUUAAAAGUGAAGAAACAUCAUCGACAACAGUGGAUGAAAUUCCACAGAAGUAGCUAACAAAGUAACGUUCUACUUAAAACAACACUGGACCGCCUUCCUUUUGUUGUUAAGCUGGUUCUAUUUAGUACAGCUGCAGGCUCUUUUGUUUUCCUAUAGAGAUAGCAUGUAAUUGCUGCUGGAAAAAUUUUGAGGUUUUUUUUCCUGUCCGAAAAUGGCAGCAUGUGUUUUAGAUUUAAUGUGGCAGAUCUUUGUUUGCCUGAUGUUCAUAUUUGUAGCUUUUGGUUGUUUAGUUACAAACAAAAUGCACAUAUGUUUUUGUUAUUUUACGCGGUCUAGUUCAUUUGGACACGUUUGUACUGUAAUGUUACUACUGUAUUCGAGUAGUGAUUCAUACAGACCAAAUUUGAUAAAAUAUGGUGCAGAUCAAAAGCCAAAAGAUAUGUUCAUUAAAAAGUUUCUUGAUCUUGAAA